AUGCGUUUCUCCACACUCACUUCGGCUGCGGCCUUUUUCCAACUGAGCAUAGCUGGCUAUACUCUCCAAGAUGACUACAUGACCGACUUUUACGGGGCCUUCGACUUCUUCACUGAUGCCGAUCCGACAGAGGGCUUCGUCAAGUACGUUGACGAGGCUACGGCGAGGCAGACGAACCUCAUCAACUCGUCUUCUUCAGCGAUUUCCUGGGGCGUGGACACACAGAACCAGACCCCUGAGGGAAGGCCCAGUGUUCGUAUCCAGAGCAAGAAGACCUACGACAGUGGGCUGAUUGUGCUGGAUGUUGCCCAUAUGCCAUUCGGCUGUGGUACAUGGCCAGCAUUCUGGACGACUGGCCCCAACUGGCCAAAGAAUGGCGAGAUCGACAUCAUCGAAGGCGUGAACGACCAGACGAACAACGGCAUGACCCUCCACACUGGCCCCGGCUGCCAGAUUGGUGAAGACACCACCCAAUUCGCUGGCUCAGUGACCACGGGAAACUGUGAUGUCGCUGCCGAGGAUCAGUCGAAGAACGCCGGAUGCUCCAUCGAACACCCAUCGACCAAGAGCUACGGUGCAGGCUUGAACGAGGGUGGUGGCGGUGUCUACGCGACACAAUGGACCGCCGAUGCCAUCAGCGUUUACUUCUUUCCUCGCGACUCCAUCCCGGAAGACGUCCUCGGUGACAGCCCAGACCCAAGCGGCUGGGGCAAGCCAGCUGCCAAGUUCGCCGGCGCCUGUGACAUCGAGAGCACAUUCAAGCAGCAGCAGAUCGUAUUCGACACUACAUUCUGUGGACAAUGGGCGGGCAGCAGCAGUGUUUGGAACAAGAGCUCCUGCAGCAAGAAGGCAGACACAUGCGAAGAAUGGGUCAAGAACAACCCAGAAGCUUUUACUGAGGCGUACUGGACGAUCAACUCCCUGAAGGUCUACCAAGACAACGGAUACGCCGCUGUUCCUCAGCCCUCUUCGGUGCCUGAGCAGAGCAGUGCUGCCUAUGGUUCUGCGCCUGUCCCAUCGGAGACACCUGCUGCGCCUUCUGGCAUUCCCGAGCCCUCCGAAUACCCUGCAGUUCCUCCGCUCAUCACCGCCUCUGUAUCCGGCAUCUUCGCACCAAUCCCGACGAGCGAGACCCUCUCCUCCAACGCCCCAGUCGCAUCACCUCCUGCCGACGAUGCCUCCCCCAGCGUACCCGCCGAGACCCCAAGCCCCAUCGCCGCACCAACCACGCAGAUCAAUGCUCCGGCUCCAGCUCCAGCUCCGACCGGCCCCAUGUCUGGUUUCCAAUGGCCCUCUGGUGGCGCAGAUAGCGGCAACAAACCUAAGCCAUCGACAACACCCUCUGCCUCGCUUCCUGAAGGCACUAGCACGGCAAUUCAAAACUCGAGUGGCGCUGCCACCGCUCCUAGCACAGCGCAAAGCGUCGCCCAGCCUUCUGAUGUACCUGCCGCAUCGCAGUCAUACGCUGCGCCUGGAGUACCUGCUCCAGCGCCCACUGCAUCUCAAGCACCUGCUGCUCCAGCGGUACCUGCCCCAGCGCCCACCAACGUUGAAAAGGCACCUCCAGCCGACCCAGCUGUUCCCGUCGUCACAGACACUGUCGAAGCUAUUCGCACAGUAGUUCAGACGAUCUACCAUACCGUCACCGCUCCCGCUCCCGCCCCUGUGGCACCAACGCCUGCUCCUCCUGCCGCUCCUCCUGCCGCAAAGGGACGCAUGGCAAGACACAUUAGGGAGCACAGGCAGAGGCUCACAAGGCACCACGCCAGGCACUGA